AUGCUGGAGCCAUGGGAUGAAGCUAUCGCUCUUCAGAAGGAGCGUCAGUUUUGCGCCGAUGACGUACAAUCUAUUAAAACGUCCUGUGCUAAGGACCAUGGCAAGAGGCAUCCUAUCGAGUGUCCAGAUUGUUGGACCCGUCUCCUUAACCGCAUAAGGGAUCGAUAUCUCAACUCCGCUUCUAAGGAAUGGUUUUCUGGCAGGCGGCCGUUUCUACUCGAGCUCGACACUAUGUUUUCUAAAGCUCACAACUUUGAGGUCGAUCUCAAAGCUAUUGAGCAGCGCAUAGUUGACGAGAAGAAAGAGUGGUACCGAGACAAAGUAAAAAAUAUAGGACUUCAACAUAUUACAAAAUCCCCAGUCGAGGAUCGAAUUCUACAGCAAAAGAUCAACGACCGGAGCAUAUCUGCAGACCAGCUUGCUUCAGAACUGAGGGCGUCCUUUAGCGACGGCGCCGUCAAGAACCAAGAAGCAUUCGACGAAUUUAUAGAACGGCUGAAACAUGCUAACCUACCCCAGGCACGGGUCGAAGCCUACAUUGAUAUAUUUUUUCAACCUGCUCACGACCCUUCAGGUGCGGCAAGGGCCCAGAAGUACGUCGACAUGGUUAGAAAUGGGACGCCAAUUGCGGAUACCAUCAAUGUCAUGAUCCGUGACCGGCAUUUAGCUAAAGGUGACCAAGAUCAGAAACAGGCACUUCAAAAGCAGCUCGAGGAACUGAAGAGGGCUAAAGCAGCACAUGAACUGGGGAAAGCGAAGAGCGAUAAGGCCCAACAGGAUAAGACCAGAGAAACCACACUCCCUGAUGAUCAGCACUCCCUACCGUCGUGUUCGAUAUGCUUGAAAGCCCCAGAUGCGCAAGACUUUAUUAUAUGUCCCCUAUGCCAAAUUCUAGGCGAUUUUUAUAGACUUAGAGUUGAGCCUACCGUCUUCUGUUCCCAGAAGUGUGCAGACGAACGCUAUGACGCACAUGUUGAAGCAAGACAUGAGUGUGCAUCCGGCCAAAAAUGUGUCCUCCUCCACGACGAAGAUGUCGAGAUGGAUGACGGAAGAACUAUUUUAGUCUUCUGUCGAGAGUGUGUAGAAACGCUCGGCAUCCCAUCUGUCUUUUGCUCGGCUCGCUGCUUUAACGAGAACUUCCAGCAUCAUCGCGACAGUGUCCAUAUUCCCCGGCGGAAGAGUAUUCAACAUGAGAUUAAAGAUGAAAAUCAGCUUGAAUUCGACCCGGAAGAUAAGACGAGGUAUAGCGCUAGAAAGAUCGAAGAGCAUCUAGUCACGUUUGAUAAUGCUAUAGCAGAAUGGCAGCAGAAAACAAGCGCUACAGUGAAAUAA